AGAGAGAGAGAGAGAGAGAGAGAGAGAGAGAGAGAAUGAAGCAAGUGAGCGAAAGAGAGAGCGAAAGAGAGAGGGGCGACGAGACAGAAUGAAGGAGAAGAAGCACCGAAUUGCCAUGCAGAGCAGCAGAAAAAGAGUGAAAUAAUAAAAUUAAAAAAAAAAAAAAAAAAAAAACGGUAGCGACUGACUUAUUACCCUUGGCUGCUCCAGAUAAAAAAAGGAGAGCAUAAAAAGAAGUGACUGGAAUGUGGCAUAGAAAGGAGAGAAAGAGUAAGGGAACAAAAUGAUGUGGAACUGAUGAAAAGGAUCAGAAUGGCUAACACAACGCCUGCAUCUAUGGUGGCUAGUCUGCUACUCCUGCUUCUGUGUGCAGGAUAUGUGCCGGCUAUUUGUCCUCCGAUGUGUUCCUGUGGCAGGGGUCAUCGGGUGGUCGACUGCUCUGCCCGUGGUCUCAGUCUACUGCCUGACAGCUUGCAGCACAACAUCCAUUUCCUCAAUCUGUCCCACAACCGGCUACAGGACCUGGACGGGCUCCUCGGCCACUUUGGCCACCUAAGAACACUGGAUAUCUCACACAACCGCCUCAUGCACCUUCCUGAUGGUCUGCCCCGUGCUCUGUGGGACAUACAUGCAUCAGCCAACGACAUUCGCCAACUGGUGAAGAACGACACCGCUUACCACUGGAACUUGCAGGCUCUGGACUUAUCAAACAACCAGCUGGAGCGAGUGGUCUUUAUUAACAACACUCUACCCAGUUUACGAGCACUCAACCUUAGCCACAACAAGUUCUGGACCGUACCCACCAACAUGCCCCACAACUUGGAGAUAGUGGACCUCUCCCACAACUUCUUGUUGCAGAUCUUGCCUGGCUCACUGGAUCGCCUGCACCAGCUAUCUCGAUUUUAUCUGCAUGCUAACCGCUUUGCUUCAGUAAGCGAGGGUGUGUUCAAUCGUUUGGAAUCACUGCAGCUCCUUACCCUUGGGGAUAAUCCUUGGGCAUGUGAAGAUGAGGAAAACAUGACCCACCUGCUAAACUGGGUGCACCAGACACCAGCAAAAGUGCUGGGCUGCCCUUGCUAUGUCAGACCCACGUGUGGGGAGGCACAUCUGGCCACCAGCAGAACCUGGCACUCAGCCUCAUAUACUGAGCCCCCACUGGGCACAGACACUCGUGACUCUGGUCACGAACCACCUAUACAGGUUGUCACUUCGGUGUAUCUGUCCAAAUCAGCACUGCUCAACUUGCCAUACAACCGGAGCACUGGGAAUGCUACUGGGGCAGGUGAGCAAGCUUUGACCAAGGGUGGGGGAUUUCUGACUUCCACCCCACACACCCUCUCAACCCAAUCAAGCACAACAAUCCGCACAAGAAGCACCAAGAAAGCAAUACCUGGCAAAGCUCGCAGCAUAAGCAUCCAAAUGCAUACAUGCAGUCCUCAUACUGUCGCUCUGAACCUUCUGUGCACAGCAAUCAUGAUCAAUAUCUUCUGAAUCAGCAUCAUCCCUUGUGACCUGGAAUUUACCAUCAGUCUGAGCUUAAGACAAUAAGAAAUGCUCACUGAUAGAUGUGGAAUGUCAAAGGAGGGUCUUAACUCCUUGGUUUUAACCUCACAAAAACUAUUUGACUGUUAGUGCCUCUAUGAGUAUUCUCCACAAUAUAUACUGUCUGCUUCAAACAAACUGACCAUCCUCUACAGAAUAUAGCUGAGUAAUGUAUGGCUAUUGUGCAUAUUCAUACUGAAACUUAACUAAAUAUAUAGUUAACUUACACUACAGGUUUCCUGGUGUAGAAAAAAAAAAUGUUCUCAUUUGUAUAAUGCUAGUCCAUUGACAGAGGCUCUUGCAUUUCAUGGUUUAAACAGUAUGAAACAAACAAGUAGUCUACAGUCUGCUGGGAUUUUCACAGAGGAUGAACUAUUCAAGGUCACCUAUUUACAUAUUGCCAUAAUCAGUGCAAGAAGUUAGGGAAGACCUGACAGUUGUUAAAUACCUAAAAUGUUUUGCCAUGGGGUUAUGCUGAGAUCAAGGUAGUAUGUCUAAGAUAGCAAGAAUAGGAGCUAAAGCUGAUCAUUCAAGAGAAACAUGGGAGUCAAACAGUGAACCUGAGUGUAGGAGACUGUGGCAUGUAUAUGGAGCUGUGCUUAUCCCAGCACUAACAGGAUGUGAUAAAUAAGACCCAGGAGUCUGCUAAAGGACCAAUUCCUAGGUGGGUGCUCAGUCAAUACAAGAGUCAACAAUGCUGGCCGGCCACUUCCUCUUGGUGCUCUGACUAAAUGAAGGCUGACACUACAGUGGUGGCCUCCCACCUACUCCCAUCAAGCUGAAAGUAUCAUAAAGAUCACGCAAGCAUUUAGCAGUAGGUACAGCACAGAGAGAGAUGCCAGUUUUACUACUGCAUAGUGUUCUGUCAUAUUCUAGUAGCACGCACAACCUUCUUGUGAAGCCCCGGAGUGCUUCUUUGUGAUUUUAUAGAUGGGUGACAAAUUACCAGGAAAAACCAACAUAAAGUGUCUUAGAAGGGGCCAGGCCAUCAUAAGCCACCUAAACAGCUUCAGUGCACUUUGGCACAGAUUCCACAAGUAACUAGAACUAAACUAGAAGGGUGGAACACCAAAUCUUCUUAAUUUGUGUGUCACUACAAAGGCCAUAGCAUCUGAUUUACAUCAUUUUCAUUCUCAGCAAACCAUCUAAUGACCCUGUGCGUGGAGAAAUGGUUAUUCUGGAAGAACUGAGGACAGAAAUGUGUCAUCACAGGAUAAAGGUGAUCAGUCAGAAUACUUUUGUAGUGAUCAUUCUCUCCAAGGUCACAAGUAGACCUUAAACCAUGCCAACAAAAUGUCCCCCACAAAACAGAGCCAUUCAGCCCGCUAACUAUAGGGGGUCAAGCUUUCAAGCCUGUACUAUUCUCUUAAAUCAAUGCCACACAUGCACUCGCCCACUUGUGGAGGAUAUGGUGAAGAAUGACUCAUCUGACCACAGCUCUUUUCUUCCACAUCUCUAGACCAGUGCCUGGGGUUUCUCCACCACUGAAAUUUCAAAUGUGCAUUCCUCUUUGUAAAGAGUUUUAUGCAUUGCAACCCUAGCAUCUCCUCUUUACAUCGCUGUUAACAGGCUGGUCUUGCUGACACUGUCCUAUAUCAUGUCCUAUAAUUAUAUUCUCAUUUACGUGAGGAACAGUCACUCCUCUGUUUUUUCUUACAUACAUUGUACUAAUGCACACUCGUCAGAUCACUGAGUGUGCGCUUCACAACCACAAACAACAUUUCUAGAGUAAAGUGGUCACUUUAGUCUCUGUUCCUGUGGAUAGUUACCUCUGUCGAUAGUUUUUCCUACUGAAGAAUUAGCCAGACAAGCAGACUUCGUGGCUGAAGCGCUUUCCACUUAUAAGCUAAAAAUGAAGCCUCUUUUAAUGUCACUUAGAUCUUUUGCUCUUGCGAGACUUAAAAAUGUGGCCAACUGGACCUGCUCAGUAUGUUUAUACAUGCCACAGAGCAUGGUUGGAUGUUAAGUGCUUAAAUGUACACCUGUCUGGAAGCAGUUGCACUUGUUUCUUCAACCUUUAUUAAGGUUUUUCCUUUAAUUUGCCACCCAUCUGUACGUUUUCUGUUGAAAUGUUAAGCAGUAUUUAGCAGGUAUGGUGUGUUAUAAAAAUGCUGGUCCUAGUUGAGAGGAAAAACUCAGAGUCUGAGGCCAAACUAGAGCUAAUUCCUAUUCAUGGUGCGUGGCCAGCCAGAGGACUAGCAGGUAGCCAAUAAUUAAAAGACUCUGCAAGUAGGACAGGAAAAUAAAAAGCAGAAGUGUACUGAAAACAAAUGCUUCAGAUUGAUCUGCAUCUUUGACCACAUAGCUUAUUCUCUUGUGACAGCAGUGAUAUAAUGGGCAUGAGAAAAUUAGCUGGGAUGAGCAAGGGAUAAUCUAGCAGAUGGAUCAUUCUUCCCUAAAUCCACUGGGCAUGAUACAGCAUUCUCAGUGUUGAUAAAAAGCUGCCAUCAAUUACAAGACGUUCAAAAGAAAGUUAUGCAGUAAACAAGUGUGUUUAUCAUAGGAGAUAGAGACAAAAAAUAAAUACAAUUUAGGUUUACUUCAAGACCAAAGGGAGAUUUGCAAAGAGCAAAUAUGUAGCUGUAAAUCUGGCAGAGUCUGACAGAGGUGGUGUAUAGCUAAAGAAAAAAUCAAAUGCAUCCCGUCACUUACGCAGAUUAUUUGCAGGCUAUGUGCAGGCUAUUUAAAUCUCUUCAGUCAUUUUCUGGGGUUUUCUCUUUCUGGCAUGUGAAAUAAGCCUUAGAUUGUGUGCAGACUUCAAGUGAUAGCUACACUGAUGGCAAGCAUGAACCUCAUUGCUGCUACAAACCACUUCUGCCUACAAAUUAAAUUUCAACAAGAUACAAUUGGUUUACAAUCUGCAAUUAAAACAAAUGUUUGAAAUGCAGCAUGCACUGAUUGUCAGUCAUUUAUAAUCAUUCCCUACGGAAUGACACACACCAUUUUUUUGUGUCUGACGAUGAAGUGUUACCAUUGAUCUUUAGAUUUUAUAGGCCAUGUGAAAUUUGUUGAACAGCCAUUGUUAUGAAGAAAAGAACAUAUUAAUUGGAGGCAUUCAGCUUCCAUUAUGUCAACAAAUUCAUUCAAACUAUUGCUCUGAAGAUGCACUUUGUGAUUUUAAAAUACUAGAGUUGUGACCUGGCUUUUGAAUUUACAGGGAAUUUAUGGGACAGUGGUGUAUUACACACCUGAAAGAGUUCUAAAUGCAGAAACUAGAAGAUGUAAGAAAAAAAACAUUUUUUCAAUCCUCAUUUAAGGUUGAGGAGAGAGUGAUUUGCCCUAGAUGUUUAAAAAACAUUUUCAUUAAGAAAAAAUGUAUACAAAUUGACCACAACAAAAUCACAGUGUGGCUUUAAACAAUACCCAAAGUACACUACAAGCACUUGUUUGCUUUCAUUUACUCUUAUCUUUUCUAUUAUGUUGCCAUCAAUCCAUCCAAGAAAUAAACAUUUUUUUCAUA